AGCAUCCACGUUCUCUCUGUCUCACUCACUCACUCACGAACCUCCUUGUUUGUUCUUGAUUGAAAGCUAAGUCUCUCUCUUUCUCUGAUAUGUGUGAAUGCCAAGACAGCCCCAUCAACAACAGCAGCAGCAGCAUCAUAAAGUGAACCUUAGACACCCAUCAAACUCAAUUCCCCAUCACAUUCUUUCCUCCCUAUACAUAUUCUCCCCAAUUUGGUAUGCCAUACCACCUGAGACCCGACUUGGCCUAUUGUCUCUUCAAUUCCACUAGUCCCUGCUUCUCCCGGAUCUUGAAACGCAAUGGCGCUUUUCAGAAAGUUCUUUUAUCGGAAGCCACCUGAUGGCCUCUUAGAGAUCUCCGAAAGGAUUUAUGUUUUUGAUUGCUGUUUCAGCACGGAUGUCUGGGAAGACAAUGAGUAUAAAGUCUACAUAGGAGGCAUAGUCGCUCAACUUCGCGAACAGUUCGUUGAUGCUUCAUUCUUGGUCUUUAACUUUCGAGAAGGAGAAAAACAAAGCCUGAUUGCUAACAUAUUGUCUGAGUAUGACAUGACUGUAAUGGACUACCCGCGACAAUAUGAAGGUUGUCCACUUCUCACAAUGGAGACAAUUCACCACUUCUUGAGAUCAAGUGAAAGCUGGCUAUCACUCAGUCACCAAAAUGUUCUCUUGUUGCAUUGUGAACGAGGUGGAUGGUUGGUAUUGGCCUUCAUGCUGGCUGCACUCUUAAUUUACAGGAAGCAGUACACUGGGGAGCACAAGACGUUAGACAUGAUCUAUAAGCAAGCCCCUCAAGAAAUUUUGCAGUUAAUGUCACCUCUAAAUCCAAUGCCUUCACAGCUGAGGUAUCUUCAGUAUAUUACAAGACGAAACGUCGGAGCACGGUGGCCUCCACUGGAUAGGGCACUUACGCUGGACUGCAUAAUUAUUAGAUUAAUUCCUAAUUUGGAUGGAGAGGGUGGUUGCCGUCCAUUGUUUAGAAUAUAUGGACAGGAUCCUUUCAUGGUUGUUGAUCGGACUCCUAAAGUUCUCUUUUCUACCCCAAAACAGAGCAAACUCGUACGACAUUACAAGCAGGCAGAUUGUGAACUAGUUAAAAUUGAUAUUCAUUGCCAUAUCCAAGGGGAUGUGGUUCUAGAGUGUAUUAGUUUGGAUCAUGAUCUGCAACAUGAAGAGAUGAUGUUUCGUAUCAUGUUCAAUACAGCCUUUAUAAGGUCCAAUAUUCUGAUGCUUAAUCGUGAUGAAAUAGAUACACUAUGGAAUAUUAAAGACCAAUUUCCCAAGGAUUUCAGAGCAGAGAUUCUUUUCUCCGAGAUGGAUGCCGGUACUUCUCUUAUAUCAAUUGAUUCGCCUGGUUUUGAGGAGAAAGAUGGCCUUCCAGUGGAAGCAUUUACAAAAGUCCAGGAGAUCUUUAGCAGUGUGGAUUGGCUAGAUCCAAAAACGGAUGCAGCACUUAAUGUGCUCCAGCGGAUUGCGUUGUCAAAUGCUAUUCAGAAGCUGGACAGUGGUUCAGUCAAUACCACAGAACCAACUGCUGAAGAACUUAAUUCAGAAAAUAAUAUCAGGUGUCCUACUUUCGUGGCUCGGGGGAAACACGGCAGUGUUUCCGCAGCUCAGGGGAGACAUGGCAGUGCUUCUGCUGAUGAUCCAGAAACAGGAGAUAAUACCAAGACUACCACUCAUGUGGCUUUAGGAGAGCAAUCUAUGUCGAACUUUGAAGUGUCUGCAGAUGCCAGUUUUAGUAGAAAAAAGUUUGAAUCCCAAGAACUGCAAGUAGCUCUCCAACGGUCUGCCCAAUCUAAAUUCAUAACUCAGCGAGUACAUAAGACUCUACCUGCACCAGUUUCAUAUUGUAGUUCCUUGCAAGUAUCACCAGUGUCUAUGUCAAGAUAUCAAAGUGCACCCUCAGCCCUUGGCAUUACAGCUCUUCUACAUGAUCACGCUGCAUCUAGUAGACAAGAUGAAAUCACACAUCCUGUGAUUGUAUCUCCAUCUUCCCUCUCCUGUUCAGCUGCUGAUUUAACUGCACCUAAAUCUGUGCAGCCUGGUCAGCUGUCUAUUUCCACACCUCAACUACUAUCAUCAUCACAAACACCACUGCAGUUGCCAUUGCAAUUUCCAGGGAAUGCAACAGUAGCAAAGACUCCUGCUGUUGUUAAUCUGCCGUCUCACCUGCCAGCAGCAGUUCCCCAACAAACUCCAAAUGCACUCCAAGACUCUGAAAAUACAUUACAGGGUACAAGUCAAUCUGCAUUACUUUCUUCUUCCCCUCCUCCACCUCCUCUUUCAGGGGCAUCUCCAUCAUCCUUUGUUAAGAGCUCAGUGUCAACUCUACCUCCACCCCCACCUCCACCCCAUUUUGGUUCAAGGGCAUCUCCAUGUCUCUCAGUCAAGAAUUUUAUUUCAUCUCCUCCCCCUCCCCCUGCUCCUCCAAUCCCUUCUUUCUCUCAGGCAGCCCUAUCAACCUCGUUCAAGAACUCAGUUUCUGUUCCGCUUCCUCCCCGUUCCAUUCGAGGAACAUCCUCCAUGAACAACUCAGUUUCAGCUCCCAAUUCGCUUUCACCUCCGCCUCCUCCUUCCUAUCCAGGAACAACAUCCUCUGUCAAGAACUCUGUUUCAGCUCCCCCUCCCCCUCCCCCUCCACCCCCUGGUUCUGCUUCUUCUUCAGCUGCUUGUCCCACUUCUUCUGGACUGCAUAUGGAGUCAACAGCAGUCAUCAUGUCUGGUCUCCCUCCACCGCCUCCACCUCCUCUAUCAACUUCUGCCAUUACAUCUGCAGCGCCGCCGCCACCCCCUCCUCCAGCUUUUGCAUCAAAGCAAUCCUUGUCCAAGAAUUCGGUACCUGUACCACCACCUCCUCUUCCCAAUGGGGUUUUAAAAACUGCUGAUUCCAUCCCAACAUCUCCUUCAAGGGCUGGUAAUCUUGAUGUAUCUUCAAUUCCAGGACCACCUCCUGGAGUUCCAUUUAGUGCAAAGGGACGGGGUCUAUCACGUACCAUUUCAAGAAAUCAGGCUCAACCUAAAAAGGCAAAUCUGAAGCCAUACCAUUGGUUAAAAUUAACACGAGCAAUGCAAGGAAGCUUGUGGGCAGAGGCUCAAAAACCUGAUGAAACAACCAAGACACCAGAGUUCGACAUGUCAGAACUUGAAAGUCUUUUUUCUGCCGCUACUCCAACAACUUCAGAGGGACAUUCAGGGGGGAAAUCGGGACGCCGAGCCGCAGGACCUAAAUCUGAGAAAGUUCAGCUAAUUGAGCUAAGGCGGGCUUAUAACUGUGAGAUAAUGCUUACUAAAGUUAAAAUCCCAUUGCCUGAUUUGAUGAGUUCAGUGCUUGCCUUGGAUGAGUCAGCAUUAGAUGUUGAUCAAGUUGAGAACCUCAUAAAGUUUUGUCCAACGAAAGAAGAGAUGGACUUACUAAAGGGGUAUAACGGAGAUAAGGAAAACUUGGGGAAAUGUGAACAGUUUUUCCUAGAAUUAAUGAAAGUACCACGAGUAGAACCCAAACUCAGAGUUUUCUCAUUUAAAAUACAAUUCCAUUCCCAGGUUUCUGAUCUUAGAAAGAAUUUGAACACUGUCAAUUCGGUAGCAGAUGAGAUCAGAAAUUCAGAAAAACUGAAAAGGAUCAUGCAAACCAUUCUUUCUCUGGGUAAUGCCUUGAAUCAUGGAACUGCAAGAGGUUCUGCUAUUGGAUUUCGAUUGGAUAGCCUCCUGAAGCUCACUGAUACGCGGGCUCGGAAUAACAAAAUGACUCUAAUGCAUUACCUUUGUAAGGUGCUUGCGGAAAAGCUGCCAGAACUUCUUGAUUUUCCGAAGGACCUUGUAAGUUUGGAGGCUUCAACAAAGAUACAAUUGAAAUAUUUGGCAGAGGAAAUGCAAGCCAUUAGCAAAGGCCUAGAAAAGGUUGUACAAGAGUUGACAGCCUCAGAAAAUGAUGGUCAUGUGUCGGAAACUUUUUGCAAGACGCUAAAGGAAUUUCUUGGUUAUGCUGAAGCUGAAGUGAGGUCAUUGGCUUUACUUUAUUCUAAUGUGGGUAGAAAUGCAGAUGCACUGGCUCUUUAUUUUGGGGAAGAUCCUGCUCGGUGCCCAUUUGAGCAAGUUGUAUCUACGCUGCUUAACUUUGUGAGGAUGUUUGUCCGAGCUCAUGGGGAGAAUUGUAAGCAACUUGAAUUCGAAAGAAAGAAAGCCCUGAAAGAGGCAGAAAAUGAGAAGAUGAAAGGGGGGACGCUUUCAAGAAGGGAGUCAGGGCGCUUGAUACAGACUCCCAUUAAGAGUACCAAUAUUAAAUCCUAAUGAAUCAUUUAACUAUGUUCUUUUGAGCAACAAGCUCUUCUGCCUGUGUGGAUAUAUUGCCCCCACCGAUGAAUGAAUGUCAAUUUUUAUGACUUGGAGAAGACUGCCAUAUCAUUGAAAGUAAUGUCAGAACGGGGAGACGUUCUCUGCAACAGAAGUUGAUUGUAGAGUUCAUGCAGGAGUCCCUUGGUUCUAAAUUUUCCAUUAACUAUCAGAUGAGCAGCCAAUUGUAGGGGUCUUGUUGUAUAAAAAUGCCCCUAUAUUAUUAGUUUCCUCUUUAAUAAUAUAGUUACAAAGCCCUGUUCUUAGUUGUAGGGUAGAUAGUAUGAUUUUCUAUUUCAGAUAUAGGAAUGUAAAUCUUGAUUUGAGAUGAUAGUAAAAGAAAUAUAUUAUUAAAUCAAUUAGUUA